AUGGUGCCCUCUUCUUCUUCUUCUUCUUUGCUCGAAAGCAACGCUCACACCUCAAAGGCUUACACAGAGUCAAGUCUGCCUCACCGAUCUUCCUCUCCGACCUUUACAAAGACGACGAACAGCACAAGAAUAGCCUUUCCAUCAUCACCCCAGCAACAACAACCAUUCACCUUAUCUCCCUCCCUCCAUCAUCAUCAUCAACUACAACCACAACAACUACAGCUCGUUUCACCCUCUCAUCAUCAUACUCGUACGAAUCAAGAAAGCUUCAACAACAACCUCUUCAUACAUCCCUCUACAAUGUCCUUUUCUACCACUACUACAACGUCAAACCACAUCACUCAAUCCCCGAAAAGAAGAACACAAGUGGGUGCUUCUGUCACCGCCUCCAUGAUGAUCGAAUCGUCCUCUUUGAAUGAUCAUCCUCAAAAACAACCAACAACAACACUCUCUGCACCUUCUUCAACCCGAAAUUCAUUAAAUUCUCCUCCUCGAACCUCCCCCCUUCUUAUGUUCAACAAUUACAACCAAAUGAAACCAUCCAUCCCAAAUUCCAAUCUGACUUCAAUGGUUCAACAACAACAACAACAACAACAACCUUAUCAACCAAACACCAUGGUGUAUCAUCAUCAACAACAACCACUUGUUUCUCAUCCUCAAAUUUCAAAUUCUCACUUUUAUUCCACUCAUCCCCCCACGAACUAUGUACAUCGUAUUAAGACGACUUCCAUUGAUGCAAAAAACAAAAUACCAUGGGAGUUGCCAACCACCAUUAAUCGAGUCAUUAGAAUUCAAAGUGCACCCAGAGGUUAUAAUUAUUUGAAGAAAAAUUCAGAAGCAAUACAGCUUACACCACCACUCACCUCAUCCCAACAACCAACUCAUUCCAUCAGUAGCAGCAACAGCUCUUCCAAAGUUUCUUCUUCUGGUCAGGUCAGGAAGUGUGUCUCAGCCAUUUCCAAACAACAACAGAGUUCGAGCUCUGUAGUCCUUGCAGACGACGAUGAUGACAUUCUCCAUGACGACGAUGAAGACGAAUUUGAUGAUACGAUAACUAGUAAUAGUAGCAAUGAUCAAGUACAAUUUGAUGAAAAUGAUAUUCUAGAAAGGAAUGACUCAUUAAUCAUUGAAGAGUCUUCUAAAAUUGUCGAAUCGAAUCACAAAAAAUUGAAAAAUCGAACACACAUCAAUGAAUUAUCAAAGAAUGAUGGAAAUGAUAUUUCACUCAACAAAAUUGAUAAUCAUGGAAAUGAUAUUUCACUCAACAAAAUUGAUGAAAUGAUUAUGGAUGAAACAGAAAAGAAAGAAAAUUUUAGUGCUAAAAAACAACCAUCCAAAAUACGAGACAAUAACAAACCAACCUCAUCUCAUGGUUGGACGGACAAUAAGGAUGAACACAAAGAUUUGAAAAAAAGGACCAACCAGACACCACAACGUCGUCUUUUGAACCAUCCCAUCUCACUCAACAAUAGCACCACCACAACGACCACCAUGGAUCAUCCUGAUACUCCUCAUACUCCUCCUCCUCACAUGAAAACAUCUCAUAUUGGUGAAUCUUCUUCAUGGUAUUAUGAUGAAGGAGAAGGUGGUGGUGAUGCUGAUAUUCAUUCAAGUGUCAACAGUAGUAGGAGUAGAAGAAGUGUAUUCUCAAAUAAGAAGAAGAAUCGUUCAAACGAAGAAUCAUCAAUGAUAAACGAUGACAUGGAUGAAUCAUUAUCAUUCAGAACAACAACUAGUGAAGAGGAACAUUUAAACACUUCAAAAAGAUUGAAUUCAUCUUCAAAAACCACAAAAACCACAAAUACUGCAAAUACCACCACCACCACCUCUGCUACUCCAAAGAUCACUGAUAUGAAUAAUUAUACUCAUUCUUCGACAAGGAAUGGCAAAUUAGAUCGUUCGAAUAUAGACAUUCAUUCAAGUGACACGACUAUAGCAGAGAAUGAAAUUGAUAGGAUACUUGAAAAGCCAUUACUACAUCCAGAACAAGAGUUAGAGCAUGUAAUGGAUUCUCUCUCUUCUAGUGAUUGGGAAAGUCAAUUAUCUGGAGUGAUGAUUGUUAUUCGAUUAUCAAAAUUUAAUUCAGAAUUAUUGGAUGGUAAAAUAAGAGAAAUUAUUCCACAUUUAACGAAAUUAGCUUCCUCUCUCAGAUCAUCCAUUUCUAAAACAAGUCUCAAAUGUUUUGAAGAAUUAUUUAUCAACAAUCCAAAAUCAAUGGACUUGGAAUGUGAUUCCAUUAUUCCAAUUUUAUUGAAAAAAACAACAGAUACAAACAAGUUCAUUAGUUCCAAUGCAACAGAUGCUUUAAUUCAAAUGAUUUUAAAUACACAAUACAUUGAAAAGUGUAUGAAUAGUGUCAUGAAUCAAAUACCUGGUACGAAACAUGCAACAAUACGUGGUGCCAUUGCUCGAUUGAUUUAUGAAGGUAUUAAUUAUCGAUUGAAACAUUCCUUGUACAGUAAUAGUAAUGUUACUUCAGGUACCUCAUCCAACAAACGAUUCAUUUCAAAAUUAUUGCAAAGCAUUGGAGAGUUAUCGAGGGAAGGAAAUUCUGAAUGCAGAAAUUGGGUGAAACAAUCGAUACUUUCUCUAUAUCAUUUCUACAAUGGAAACAUGAGUGACUUUAAAAAGAUGAUUCAAAAACACCAAGAAAAAUACUACACGGAAUUUGUUAAGAUUUUAGAAAAGAAUGAACAGUCAAAGUAA